CCGCAACCCCGCCUCCCUACCCACCCUGUGAUGUCGGAAACAACACGACAGGGCAAAUUGACUGUAGCCAAGAAAAAGUUAAAAGAAUAUUGGCAGAGGAAGAGCCCUGGUGUUCCAGCAGGAGCCAACAGGAAAAAGAAAAUCAAUGGCAGUAGCCCUGACACAGCAGCUUCUGGUGGUUACCGCUCACCUGGGGAUUCAGCAACAGGGAUCCACAGGGAGGCCCCUGCAUCAUCUGCUACCCUGAAGGAUCUGGAGGUAAGAGGUCCUGGGCCGAGCCGGUGCCAAGAACUAGCAGUAGCCCUGGACUCAAGCGCCACAAUAAUCAGUCAACUCAGUGAAAACAUCCAUUCACUGGGAAGAGUUCGCACAUUGAACAAGGAGAAGCAGCAUGAGAUACAUCGGGUACAGAAGCUUGGGAGGAGCUUGUUCAAACUCAAACACCAGAGGGCUGAACCCCGGGCCCCAGAGCCCCCAGCAGGAUACUCUUAGGUGGAGCAGUUACAAGAUGAGACCAAACACCUAAGGAAGGAGCUGGAGAGUCUGGGAAGACAGCUCCAGGCCGAGGUGGAAAACAAUCAGAUGUUGAGUCUCCUGAAUAGGAAACAGGAGGAGAGGCUACGUGCGCAGGAGGAGAGGCUACGUGCGCAGGAGGAGAGGCUGCGUGAGCAGGAGGGGAGGCUGCGUGCGCAGGAGGGGAGGCUGCGUGCGCAGGAGGGGAGGCUGCGUGCGCAGGAGGGGAGGCUGCGUGCGCAGGAGAGGCUGCCAGAGCAGGAGAGGCUGCUGGAGCAGGUGGAGAAGCUGUUGGAACAGGAGAGGUGGCAGGAGGAGCAGGAGAGGCUGCUGGACCAGGAGAGGCUGCUGGACCAGGUGGAGGAGCUGCUGAAACAGGAGAGGCUGCGGGAGCAGGAGAGGCUGCUGGAGGAGAUGGAGAAACUGUUGGAACAGCAGAGACGGCAGCAGGAGCAGAAGAGGCUGCUGGACCAGAAGGAGGAGCUGCUGAAACAAGAGAGGCUAUGGGAGCAGGAGAGGCUGUUGGAGGAGGUGGAGAAGUUGUUGCAGCAGGAGAGGCGGCAGGAGGAGCAGAAGAGGCUGCUGAAGCAGAGAGGCUGCUGGACCAGGUGGAGGAGCUGCUGGAAUGGGAGAGGCUGUGGGAGCAGGAUCAGAGGCUGUGGGAGCAGAAGACACUGUGGGAGCUGGAGAGGCUGUGGGAGCUGGAGAGGAUGCUGGAGCUGGGGUAGGAAGCCCUCUAUGAGCAGCGGGCCCAGCCACACAGUGGCUUCGAGGAGCUGGAACAACGAGAACAAGAGCGCACUGCAGUUGGAGCAGCAAGUAAAGGAGAUGAAGAAGCUGGGAGCACCUGGAAGCGACCAGCCAGCGGAAACAGCAGCUAAAGCCCAGCUGAGCCUCAUGGCUCUCCCUGGGGAAGGAGAUGGAGGAGGACAUCUGGACAGUAAGGAGGAGGAGGCACCUCAGCCCAUGCUGAGCAUCCUGGAGGACCUGGAGAGCCAGGAGGCCAUGGUGGCAUUUUUCAACUUCGCUGGAGCCCAUGCCCAAGAGGAGCAAAGACUGUGCUGCCAGCGCCUGGCUCAGCAGGUCUCAUCCCAGAAGCCAGAGGCAGCGGCCCCAGCCCCAGGGACUGGGGGUGAGUUUGUGUGUGCGGAGACCCACCGGGGCCCGCAGGGGGCCAUGGAGAAGGUGCAGCGACUUUAUGGAAGGAGAAGGUGGACCUGA